AUGGAGGGCACUUUCCGCCUUGGAAGAAUUGGCAAUAGGUCUGGUGCCUGCCCUGCACGUCUACCGCAAUACUGCGCAGCUCGCCAGGGCAAGGAACUGCCUGCUUGCUUAGCAGAGGUCAACCGGGGGUUCAUCUUUUGCAUAAACCAGACUAAAGUUAUGCGUGACCCAAAGUACCCAUACCCGGCUCGGGCCACCCCUGCCGAAGCCUUGUUGGUGUCAUUCGAAGGGUUUUGCCAGCGAGCAAGCUGUCAGAAGCUGGCUGCAUGCCUCCAUACCCGUACUCGGUUCCCUAUGUAG